CGAAAACGGGUUACAAAAAAUCGAUUGCAACGAGAUUGUAACAGAGAUCACACAAACAGUAAUUUGUUAAUCGUCGUCGCAGAUAUUGAAGAUGGUAUAAAGGAGCAGACUCUCCCUGAAAUUGUCGAGAGUCAUCGGCAAGUCACGGGRUUUUUAUCGCGUCGUAUCUUCGGCGAAUGAUGGAUACCAAGUCGAAGAGAGAAAUUUCGUAUCCUCUGUGUUUGUCCUUACGAGUUCAUUCGUCCGUUUUACUACCCGAGCUUGAAGGAGAAACAAGCAAUGGCAGAAAGAUCAGCGAGGACGAUGUAAUUUUUGUUCCAAAUGAAAUCGCUCUUGGAGUAGCAGCAGAAAAAGGCGGCAACCAUGUCGUUGAGUUCGAUGGGAAGGAAAGCGCUGURCAAGAUGGUUGCGUUUGCACGAGGGAAGAACAUACUUCUGUUAGUCAUGUCUUUCAAAUUGGCGAAGGCAGAAUGAAGGAACAAACCAUUCAAGCCAAGAGGCCCAACGAUCCUUUCGAAUAUGUAACUGCUAUUACCAGUMUGCAAAGAAUAGUUGUACAACCGUCUGCUGACGCAAUCAAGGAAUUAGGGAGAAGGGCUCGUGCUCGAACGGAACAAGAGCGACAGAAUCGCAAAGGAAUCAAGGUAAUUGAUGAGUCCACCUUGAUAUUACAACAGCAGAAAGAAGGGACGAAAUCGGGAUUUUCAAACAUUGCCUCUUUAAACGUUGUUAAUGGAAAAAAGAGGCAGCACCAACAAAAACAACGCAACAGCUAUUCGCAAAAACGGAACAACGCGGUAAAAAAGCCGCGGAGGAUGACUCAGUUAUUGUGGACACCAGAUCUAUCUCAAAUCAGUAUMCCGGAAAAGAUCGACCAGUCUGCGUACGUUCUAGUCCACGGGCUACCGUAUGGAUGUACUUUGGAAGUCGUGAGAAAGUUUUUCACCGGCCUUGUUCCAGAACAAAUCUUGUUGCUCCUGACCAAUCAAACAGAUAUCUGGGAAUUGGAUGCAUCCUCCUACGAUACCUUAGCGUUGUACAAUCUCCAGGAUGAUAUUUACACAAACGAGGACGUUCGGGUAUUGGUCAAAUUUGACUCCGCYUCGGCAGCAGGUUUGGCGGUAGAUCGGUCUGGGGAGACGAUCUUCUCAAAACAUCUCCUUACCAGUGAAAGAAGCAGCCACAGUGUUGAUCUUCCGGAUGAGUUUUCGAUCGGGGUUACCCAAAUCUCGAAAAAAAAUUCUUCUUUUCUGUCGAGAUUGUCCAUCGAUGCUACUCCCGGUGUCCCGUUUCAUGAUUGUCUAUACCGCGUAGAAUCGAAGCUGGACCCGAUGGUAAUAGGUAUUCUGUGGUCAAGCACCCGAAAAGCAUGCCACUUUAGCGUAGAUUGCGAAAUAAAGAGGUUCCGUGUCUUGUUMGAGGAGGACACCUACCAAGAAGACCGCGCUACGAACAGGUUGCUUUCUUUUUCUGGCUACCAGAAGCAUGCUAAACACUACAAUCGUUUGCUUCGAAUACAGGAAGACCUAAUGCAAAACAUMCCGAUUGACUGUUCAGAGGAAGCGACAACUUCCACGGAUCCAGUAGUUCGGUUGACAGCCCAUGCCUGUAGUGUUCUAGAGGAUGAGAUGGACCGUGUAGAUAUCUUAUUGUAUCAAUACCGUGCGUCGAGAUUUUUGUGACUAAAAAGGUCUUAAAAUAAAAACUUUGUUGAAAA